UCGCUGAUGCGGGCAGCUCUAGGGGCGGCCGCCGCUGGAGAGACGCUUCCCUUUUUUAUUUUUUUUUCCCCAAGCGUUCACUUCCGGGUCCGGCGCCGAUCCGGAUGCCCGAGGCAGAAGGAUGUUUGACCUCCGGAUAAGCGAGGAGGCGCCGCUGUGCAUUCAUUGCCGGCUGCAUCGGUGGCGACAGCAGGGGCCCGGGCGGCGACUCUCCGGCCACAGGCGGCGGUAGGACGCACCGACAGUAGUGAGGGGACCGAGUCCGAGCCGAGCUGCGUUACCUCCCUCGCUCGCUCCUUCCCCCUCUACCUCGCUCGCUCCCUCCCUGCGUGGCUCUCUUUCCUCCUCCGGCCGCCGGCGGGUGCAAUGUGCCGCCGCCGCUGCCCCCGCCGCCACUGACUGACGGACCGGGGGGCGCCGCCCGCGCCCGGGACCGACCCGCCGCUGGCGGCCGCGCCUCUGAGCUCUCUAUCAAUAUCAGCUCACAUCAUUGAAAAAAUAAUUCUGAAGACAUGUUUUGCUGAAAAGACAGCUGAGAAAAAUUUUACGAAUGGGAUGAACACGUGCCAGUUCAUUGACUACCUACUGCAAUUUGAAUGUUAACAUCACCCACCUGGUACAGUUACCUAGUGAUGUACCAGUUCUCACGAUACCCUAUUUCAGCGUGCUUGUCUUGAUUAAAGAAUUCAAAGUGGAGUACCGCAAACUUGAUAUGGAAAAUAAAAAGAAAGACAAGGACAAAUCAGAUGAUAGAAUGGCACGACCUAGUGGUCGGUUGGGACAUAACACUCGAGGAACUGGUUCUUCAUCCUCUGGAGUUUUAAUGGUUGGACCUAACUUUAGAGUUGGAAAAAAAAUUGGAUGUGGGAAUUUUGGAGAACUACGAUUAGGGAAAAAUUUGUAUACAAAUGAAUAUGUGGCCAUUAAAUUGGAGCCCAUGAAAUCCAGAGCACCACAGCUACAUUUGGAAUACAGAUUCUACAAGCAGUUAGGAUCUGGAGAUGGUAUACCUCAAGUUUACUAUUUUGGCCCUUGUGGUAAAUACAACGCUAUGGUGCUGGAACUACUGGGACCUAGUUUGGAAGAUUUGUUUGAUUUGUGUGACAGAACAUUUUCUCUUAAAACGGUUCUCAUGAUAGCUAUCCAACUGAUUUCUCGCAUGGAAUAUGUCCAUUCAAAGAACUUGAUAUACAGAGAUGUAAAACCUGAGAACUUCUUAAUAGGCCGGCCGGGAAACAAAACCCAGCAAGUUAUUCAUAUUAUAGAUUUUGGUUUGGCAAAGGAAUAUAUUGAUCCAGAGACAAAGAAACACAUACCAUACAGAGAACACAAGAGCCUUACAGGAACAGCUAGAUAUAUGAGCAUAAACACACAUUUAGGGAAAGAACAAAGUAGAAGAGAUGACUUAGAAGCGCUAGGUCACAUGUUCAUGUAUUUUCUGAGGGGCAGUCUUCCUUGGCAAGGUUUAAAGGCUGACACAUUAAAAGAGAGGUAUCAGAAAAUUGGAGAUACAAAACGAGCCACCCCAAUAGAAGUGUUAUGUGAAAAUUUUCCAGAAGAAAUGGCAACGUAUCUUCGUUAUGUAAGAAGGCUAGAUUUUUUUGAAAAACCAGAUUAUGACUACCUAAGGAAACUUUUUACUGACUUGUUUGAUCGAAAAGGAUAUAUGUUUGAUUAUGAAUAUGACUGGAUUGGUAAACAGUUGCCUACUCCAGUGGGUGCAGUUCAACAAGAUCCUGCUCUGUCAUCAAACAGAGAAGCACAUCCACACAGAGAUAAGAUACAAUCCAAAAAUCAGUCGACAGACCACAGGGCAGCUUGGGACUCCCAGCAGGCAAAUCCCCAUCAUUUGAGAGCUCACCUUGCAGCAGACAGACAUGGUGGCUCGGUACAGGUUGUAAGUUCUACAAAUGGAGAAUUAAACACAGAUGACCCUACUGCAGGACGUUCAAAUGCACCCAUCACAGCCCCUACAGAAGUAGAGGUGAUGGAUGAAACCAACUGCCAGAAAGUGUUGAACAUGUGGUGCUGUUGUUUUUUCAAACGAAGGAAAAGGAAAACCAUACAGCGCCACAAAUGACUCUGGACACAGACAGAUCAUGGGGAGUUACUUAUGUGUUCAUCUGCUGUCUUGUGAUUAAAAUCAUCUCUGUAGUGACCACAUAUAUUUUCAAGGACUUACUCUUAGAAACAGAAAUGUCAUACUUUCAUACUUCAUUUUGUGGUUGUCUUACAGUCAUUUUUUUUUUUUUCCUAAUUUAACUUUUAUGGAAGCUUUAAAGUUUUGUCGAAACAUGAGUGCUUUGCCCAUCAGUGAAUGGAAUGGACCAAUGAGGUGGUAUUGAUGACUUACACAGUUCUAUAGAAUAUUUUUCAGAAGCUCUCCUCAAGUUAUAGAAAGCAGUACAGUAUCUGAAAUGUCAACCAGUUAUAUACCUAACCUGUUUUUUUUUUAAUAACUUCUGUAAGAGCAUAAUCAAACAGGAAUUUUCUCCCGGCGGAUAAAGCAACAGAGAAAACAGUUGCCCAGAUAUUUAAAAGAAGUUAUCCCUUGAGAAGUUCAUUAUCUUUGUGACAUCUGCAUUGAUUUCACUGUUACCAAUGGUACUGCUAUUCAUGAAUCACAUUAACAUUCUCUCUGUGAAAUCAAGGUACAGUCACUGCCCAGAGGUACUGAGGAAAAAGCUCUAUGGGUUCAGCCGAUGGUAGUUGGUAAAAUGAAUCAUAAAAUAGCGUGGUUAAUACAAGCUCUGCUUUUGUUGCACCACUAUGUGAAGUACCGUGUUGCCGAAGUGGCAAAAGCGCUUAUUUUUUAAAAAUGCGAAAUAUUUGUGUAAUGUAACCUUAUGCUUCCAGAUAAUGAUGUAUGUUAGACAGCAAGAAAUGAAUACUUUGAGAAAUGAGAUAUGUUGGUGUUUUUGGAGAAAUACGCUAGGAGAAGGAAUAAAUGUGAAUCUCACCGCAUCGUAUGAGGUUGAAGUCUAAGGAGAUCCCACUGGAACCUGCUGCUGAGUGACUACAUUCUCCUUAAGCAGAAAACUUGGGAUGUGCCACGCAAGGGUGUCUGUUUAUUAAUUAGUUGCUCUUUGAUUAAAAAGAAGGGGCCCCCCCAGCAAUAAAAACGGGGUCUCCCAUUGCCAUCUGUGCACAUUAGUCUCUUGUAUUCAACUUUGCUGGUUCUGUGGAAUCUUCCUGCUUUUUAGUAUAAUUUUGAUGAUUGAAAACUAUUUUGGAAAGGAUGGGUCAGGUGCUUUGUCCCCAUAGUCUUUUGAAGUGCCUGCAUAUGAACAAAGAAACGGUUCUGUUUUAAAAAAAUAGGAAACUCAUUCCAUUUUUCAAGAAUGUUUUGUUUUAAGCCAUACAGACACAGGUUAUACUUUUGUCACAUUUUCCUAGCCAGAAUUUUCAAGGAGAGUUAAGAGAAAAAGACUGGCUAGAAAGAUAAUUGUGUUGUUCAGAUCUCACAUUGACCUUCUGUCUAUGAAAUUGUUACUUACUCCUUCAGUGCAGCCCCUUCUUUUUGUCUCUUAAGUGCGUGCCUCUGGGCAAGCUUAUUUAUUUUUACUGUUUCAAGGUAACAUUUAAAAUGUGUAAUUAAAGUAAAUAAAUCUACAUUUUUGACUUCAUUAUUGCAUUUCCAGAAAUUUGCUUGUACUUUGUAAUUUAUUUUCUUAUUAGCCAAAAGUUCAGCGUGUUGUUUUUGAUGAAUUAGGCACCCAUAUGAAUAGCGCAGAUCAGGAUGUUGUUUGUCAUCGUCGCUUGGAAUCCUAUAAAUGAUCUUUAUAAGUUCUUGAGUUUAAAGAUCUACACUCAGCCUAGAAAACAUAUACUGUAUAAUUUGGUCAACAGUUUCCAUUUUAUAUUUGUAUACUGUCAUGAUGUCUUAAACUACAGGAGUUACAUACUGAGUUUUUAUUUUUGUUUGCUUUGAGCAAGGUAGAUGGAUGUUUUAGCCAUUAUAAUGUGAAACCACUUCUUUCUUUACAGUAUUUGACCAAAUUUGUGUGUCUAUGAUAUUUGUAAAUACAUGCGAUAUCUGUAUUUCUUAUCAUAAGCCUGUUUAGUUUUAUUCUCAGUAGGGUUUUUGGACUGUACAGUGUUUAUAUGAACUGAACUCCUUAUACAUAAGAAGGUGUGUAUAUUAAUCCAAUUAUGGACUUAAAAUAUUUUAAAAGUAUAAAUACCCUUAUUUGCUGCAAAGACCAGUGUGUAGACAUUUGCUUUUUAGCAAUAUUUUUAAGUGCUCCAUUUUAAUGCCAAGGAAUAAGUCUUUUGGCGACACAAACUGGUCAAUAAUAGGUAAUGCAGGUAUGUUCAGGUUAAGCCAACAAUGUUUUGCAUUUUUAUGCUUCUUUUCUGUCAACACUAAUGAAGUCAACAUUGCCUGAAUGUCUGAAUAAUGAAACACAUCCCUGUUUAAAACUAUGUAACUGAAAAAGAAAUAAAAAAUAAAGGUAGUUUUUUUAAACUUGCUCUUUCCCCUUUCCUCUGAUCAUGGGUAAAAUAAUGCCACUCACUAACUGAAGAUAGAAAUUUUUAAAAUCCAGUUUAUGUGAAUAAAUUUAGUAUAUGUGAAAAGCAGAGCUGAAGGAACUUUCUUUUGUGUUUUUGAUUUUUGUUUUGCUUUGUUGGAACUCCAUUGUAAGCAGUAUGUAGCUAGGUGUAUCCAAGCUUUCUUUAAUGAAAGUUAAAAAAUUUUUUUUUAUUUCUCUGAACUCUUUAAUAGAGCAAUUAAUUAGAACUAAUGCCAUUAAUAAACAAAGGAAAUAAACUGUA